CAAAAAUGGAUCUCCUCACAAACGUGAAGUUUAUGGUAACCACAUCCUAUGGGGUCCUGUCAAUGUUGAUAUAUUCUGGUAUCACUUGUGUGAUAAUAAAUGAUCACAAGACGUUUAAAAGCUCAUUUUUCAAAUUGUUUUGUGUCGGAUUUUUUAUGAACCUCUGCACCUACCUAAACUCCUUCGUAACUCUCCGAAUUCCACAGAACACUGGUGUCCAGGGCACAUUUUCCAGCUUCUACAGUAACCUUAACCUGAAUAACACUGAAAAUUGGUUCCCGCUCAACAUUUUCCACACUUUUCAUUUCGAAUUCGCAUAUACCCAAUACAUUUUUAAUUGUUUCGUAUGUGCAAAUCGAUUUACAGCGAUUUGUUUUCCGAUUCGGAGUGAAAAGUACUGGCUGAAAUAUUUGUGGCUAGUAAUAAUGUCCAUGUUCCUAAUACCAUUUAUAUUUUUUACACGUCAUAUUCUGCAAAAUCGGUCAUUUUUCGGUUAUAGCUCUACUGCUAAUUUUUACAUCGACACUACUUAUGGUCGGAGCAAUAUUUACUAUUUUCUGAUGCCGGCGCUAAUAUUUCUUACGUGUUUUAAUAUUGUUUUCAAUGUUUUGGCCGGGAUUCGGUUGUACAACAUGAAAAAAAAAGGUGUAAAAGUCCCGGAAACCAGUCUAUUCUCAAUGGCUUUCACGGUUUUUGUCAUUGACCUAUUUCUGACGAGCCUUACCGUAUCCAACUACUACCUGACCAACUUGGCAAUUGGUUCGGACUCUGACUUUGUGAAAUUCUUGCUCCGAUGGAUUCCACUGCUGACACCGUUUGCUAGCGAUGCUCUGACGUUGACUCACCCGUUUUUGCUGCUGUAUUUUAGUAAAACUGUUCGUCGAAAAUGCGCGGAAUCUAAUCGACUAUUGGAAAAAUUCAAGAAUCACAGAUUUUUUGCCGAGAGCAACAGCAAUAUUGUAGUAAUGUCCCUGCCGAAGAAUCUGAACACAAUGGCGCCAAAUUCUUGAUUAAAAAAUGUUUUAACCCUAAAAUAAAACUUUUUUUUUCU